UCAGAGUUCACUCACACACAAUGGAGAAAGACUCAGAUUAUGGAGCUUUCACAGAGAAAUUCCUUCUGCGACCAAGCUCUUCAUCUCAUGAUCUUCCCUUGAGUGGCCUCACCUUCGCUGUCAAAGACAUAUUUGAUGUGGCUGGAUAUGUGACUGGAUUUGGAAAUCCUGAUUGGGCAAGGACUCACCCAGCUGCCGAAUCGACAGCUCCUUCUGUUUCGACAAUCUUAAAAGGAGGCGCCACAUGUAUUGGUAAAACUGUCAUGGAUGAAAUGGCAUACAGUAUAAAUGGAGAGAACAAACAUUAUGGUACGCCGGUAAAUCCAUGUGCACCGGAUAGGGUGCCUGGAGGAUCUUCUAGUGGCUCUGCUAUUGUGGUGGGUGCAGACCUUGCACAUUUUUCCUUAGGAACUGACACUGGAGGGAGUGUAAGAGUUCCUGCUUCAUAUUGUGGAAUUUUUGGGUUCCGACCUUCUCAUGGUGUCAUUUCUACUUCUGGAGUCGUUCCUAUGGCACAAAGUUUUGAUACUGUGGGAUGGUUUGCUAGGGAUCCUGUGGUUUUGAGUAAAGUAGGACGGGCAUUACUGCAAAUUCCUGAUGCACAUCCUGUCAGACCAGCUCAGUUGAUCAUUGCUGAAGACUGUUUCCAGCUUUCAAGCAUUCCAAGUGAUCGAGUAAAACAAGUACUUGUUCACUCAGUUGAGAAGUUAUUUGGGGGUCAUGUUUUAAAGCAAGCAAACCUUGGGGAUGUCGUGAAGGACAAGGUUCCAAGUUUGAACUGUUUCUUCGAUAAAGGAAAUGCACGUCAAGAGGAUAACAUACCAUCCUUAGCAGCCCUAUCAAGUGCCAUGCGAACACUCCAAAGGCAUGAAUUCAAGAACAACCAUGGUGAAUGGGUCAUUACAGUCAGACCUGAUUUAGGUCCUGGGAUAUCAGAACGUGUAUGGGAAGCUGUCAGGGCAGCAGAUGAAAAUACCGGUGUUUAUCACUCCGUGAAGUCCGAACUAUGUGCUGCGCUUGCUGAACUUCUUGGGGAUACUGGUGUCCUUGCAAUUCCUACAGUUCCAGGGCCUCCACCAAAACUACAAAUGGAUCCUGCUACACUUGAAACAUUUCGCGCCAGGGCUUUUAGCUUGUUGUCCACUGCCGGAGUAUCUGGAUUCUGCCAGGUGAACAUACCACUAGGCAUGUACGAAGAUCUACCUGUGUCGGUUUCCUUACUGGCAAAGCACGGCUCGGAUGGAUUCCUGCUGAGUCUUGUAGAGACUCUCUAUGCCACUCUCAAAGAACAAGUUGAAAGCUUGAAAUCGCAUCCUUGUUUAUAAUUCAACAAGAAGUUACUCAUUUUUGUAAAAAAACCUAUUGAAACCAGAUAGCCUGAUAGUCAAGGUUCUUAGCUUGUUGCUUGUGGUUUCGAAUAUAAAAUAUUAAAUAGUCGAAUUUAUACAAUUAAAUUCAUAUUCUAGUCGGAAAACAUGA